UUAGCUUUUUUAAGAGCCAAUCUCUGGUGCUUCUGUGGACCACAGACAGUGCCGUGUUGAGGAGAAAUGUGGGACAUGAGGUCUCUCGAGAAGAUGGUAAACAGGACAACUCUGAGCACACAGAGAGUGCUCCACCAACACAUUCUGGAACUAGGAGAACAGUUGUGUCCGUGGUCAUCUCUGAAUGCUAAAACGGAUGAGUACCUGAAAACUCCUCCAAACUCGGUCCAUUCCCGGCAGCCUUUGGUUGGAGGAAAACAGCCUGACGCCCCCACCAUGGAGGAAUUCAAACUGUUGGCAGAGGAGGCGAAACAUACUGCCCUUAGACUCCAAGAGGAGAGUCUGCGGGCCCAGUUUCAAGAGGCGCUUCGAGCGAGGGAUAGGCUAGAGGCUGAAGGGAGAGGAGAGCUCCAGGUAGAACUGCAGGCCCAGUUCAGAGCUCAUGUUGAAGGACUGCAGGCUCAGAUGGAGUGGGAGAAGAUACAGGCUGUAGAGGAGGCCUGCAGGAAGCUGAAGAUACAGCUGCAGAAAGAGGCAGAGGAGGCCAGAGAGAGUACUAUACAGACUAUACAAAAAGAAACGCAGGAGUGUGUAAGAAAGUAUGUGCAGGAGGCCGAGAGACGUGUGCAUGAGGAGUGUGAGAUGAAGGCAGAAAAAGAGAAGAGACUGCUACAGGAGAGACAUGAAGAGGAGAUAUCUGAACUACAAUACAGGCAACAGCAGCUGCAGGACAGUCUGGAGGAGGUCCGCAGGGAGCGCAUUCAGUAUGAAGCAGAGUUUAAGAAGGUGCAGGCCAGCUACAGACAGUUUGUGGACCUAACUGAAUCCUCCCUGCACUCUGAUUACCUCUUAAAACUUCGCAGACUGGGGAAAGAGCCGGGGCUCACGGACACUGCGACGCAGACUGAUGAGAUCACCACUUAACUGUGACCUUGUGAUAGCAGUGUUCUCACAUCAAAGUGUCUGGGUGUGGAGCAGUUUCAGCAGUGAACUAACAGCAGUGAAAUAAAGCACUUUAUACAUAAAUAUAAUUUUCUUUAACUAAAAUGCUGAUGUUGAAAAAGAAGUCAGCCCUUCUAUAUGGCAUGUGUUUUUUGAUGGAAUGAGACAGCGCUAAAAUAUCCUAUAGAUUUGAGAUAUUGUUUUGUAGUAAUCACUUAAAGGAAUGUUCAAGGUUCAAUUACAAGUUAAGCUCAUUCAAAAACAUUUCUGACAAUGUUGAUAGCAUACUUUUUUUUUUUUUUUUUUUUUUUGACGACUCCCUUACUUACAAAAAAAGAACUCAAACAUUGCGGUCCAUUGUGUUAAAUGUUCAUUGUCUUUUUUUUUCUUUUUUUUUUUUUUUU